AUGAUUGGUGACACGGUGCAGAUCGACAAUAAGGAGCUCAUCGAAUGGAUCGAUGGCAUCCCAUUUUCGAGACCCGCGAGAAACUUAACGAGGGAUUUUUCGGAUGCCGUUCUUACGGCGGAGGUUCUAAAAUUAUACUAUCCCCGACAUGUGGAGCUUCACAAUUAUGUUCCGGCGAAUGGCAUAAAUACAAAAAGGGAGAACUGGAAGAUGCUAAAUCGAAAAGUGCUCGCAAAACUUGAUAUAAAAUUGAGCAGUGACACUAUUCAUCAACUGGCGAACGGGUCACAAGGCGCAGUCGAGAAGCUCUUAACAAAGUUGAGAGUGAAAGUUCUGAGGGACGGCGUUGAGAUGCAUAAACCGAAACUCAAAGAUGUAGAAAGCAAUGUAGAAGGCGAUGCGCUCGCGAAUGUUACGACGAAGAGGAUUGAAGAUGCAAACGACGAAAAUGUGCAACGUACAAUUUACGCAGAGUUAAAACAGGAGCUGCGUGAAAAGGAAGAAGUGAUAAGCACUUUGAAUCACAAGAUCGCAUAUCUGGAGAGUUCGAUGAAGCUCAAGGAUCUGCGCAUCUCCAGUCUGGCGGCGCAAAUCUUGCAAAACGCCGUCGAAAUGGAUCAAUCAGCGAAAUCGCAAUCAAUCGAGGGCGCACACGUUAAAUUACGCUCGCGAUCGCACAAUUUUCACGAAGCCAAAACGAAUUAA